AUAGGAUCUUCCGCUUGCAGCUCGGCUCCACUCUUCUCUGUUCUGGUUGGUCGGGGACCGCGUCAUGAAAGCAUCGUGUUGCAGCACAUAGGACACACUGGCAACGCUGAUAUCGAUGGGUUGCUCACCCGAAUAAAGACAUCCAAGCACAUCCCUCAUCUCCCACCUCGGACGCCCCUCCCUUUCCUGCUUCACAGCGGUUGAGCCCACUUCUUUGCCUUAUCGCUCUUGGCUCUUUCGAGCCUCCCUUCGCAUCUCGUACCUCCUGCCACGACCUUGCCCCUCCCCUCUCUUCACGAUGCAGUACCCCUCCUUCAUUGCCCUCGCCCUGGCGAUGGCCAGCUCGACCUCAGUCCUGGCCGCCCCCGCCUCGCAGCCGCGCGGUCUGAUCGAAACACUCCUGCACGCCCCCGCCGUCAUCCCUUCCGCUUGGCAGCAGCUCGGCCUUUCUCAGGGGUCCGCACCGCUCGAGAUCACCAUGACCCUCAAGGGUGAGAAGCAGGAUGCGCUCGAGGCCCGCAUGACCCAGAUCGCCCAGUCGGGCAGUGCUUGGCUCACGCCCGAGGAGUUGGCGGAGUAUGUCACCCCCGCCGCAGCGGACAUUGAAGCUGUCAAGUCGUUUCUCACCUCGAACGGCGUCCCUGAGAGCGCCAUCUCAUUCUCAAAGAACAGCGACUUGGUCACCGUCCAGACGAACGUUGCGCAGGUCAGCAAGAUGUUCGGCAACACCAAACUCUACGACUUCUCCUACCUGGGAAAGACGUUCAGCCGCGCCAAACAACUCACCAUCCCAUCCUCCAUCGCCAACGCUGUCCAAGACGUUGCGCCGCUCACUAUCUUCCAGACGGUCAAGACCGGCCCGGCAAAGCGGUCGACCAUUUCCCCUCACGCCGCCUUGGCAAACUCGACAGCCGUUGACUCGGUUGCUGCCACGCCCACGUCAUGCACCAGCGCCUACAUCACUCCACAGUGCCUACGCGACCUCAUGGGCACAAGCUCGUACACUCCCACCCCCGUCAGCGGACAGAUCGACGUCACCGUGCUCGGCUUCAUUGGCCAGUACGUCUCGCAGAGCGACCUGACAGGCUUCCUCAAGAGCUACCGGCCCGAUGCCGCCAGCUAUCAGAUUCCCAUCAAGAACGCCGCCGGUGGCCAGAACAACCCCAGCAGCCCUGGCGUCGAAGCUAUGCUCGACGUUGAGUACGUUGUCUCGCAAAACUACCCGCUCAACACCGAGUUCCUCUACUACGGCUCGCAGGACGGCGACAUCUUCCAGCAGGCGUUCAACUACAUCUACACGACCUACACAGCCCUCCCCGGCGUCAUCACGGUCUCAUAUGGUAGCGAUGAGCAGAGUACCUCGUCCAGUCAGGCCUCUUCCCUCUGCAGCACCGCCCAGAAGCUGACAGCUCAGGGCACUACUGUUGUUUUCGCAUCCGGUGACAACGGUGUCGACUCGGUCCAGCCUUCAUCCGCGCCGUCCUGCAAGAGCGGAUUUGCCCCCACGUACCCAUCAGGCUGUCAGUACAUCCUCUCCGUGGGCGGCACACAGAACACCAACCCCGAGCAGGCCACAGACCCUUCGCUCAGCGGUGGCUUCUGGUCAGGCGGCGGAUUCUCAAAUCUUUACAGCACGCCGUCCUUCCAGCGGAGCACCGUCACUGCAUACAUCAACUCGAUCGGCUCCACUUCGUCUGGCUACUAUAACAAGAACGGUCGCGGCUUCCCGGAUGUUGCGGCGCAGGCUGCCAACUACGUCAUCGAGCAGUCCGGUCAGCUCGAGGCAGUCAGCGGCACCUCUGCCGCCGCGCCAACGUUCGCCGCGCUGCUCUCGCUCCUCAACGACGCCCGUCGCGCAGCUGGCAAGGCACGCCUCGGCUGGGCCCACACAACACUGUAUGGCAGCCCCAGCUCGCUCGCGGACAUCACCACGGGCCAGAACAAGGGCUGCCCCUUGCCGCAGCAGAACCUGGGCUUCCCGACCGCAUCUGGCUGGGACCCAGUCACCGGUUUGGGCACGGCCACUGGCAAGUUCUCUGCCCUCCGCUCCCUCUUCGGCGUUUAAGGAAACACAAUGCGCCAACGAAAGGACAGGCAAGCAUGGCUGCUCUCCUCUCGGGUGGAGCUACAUACCACCACUGUCCUCAGCAUCGCCAUCACCAACAACCUCACAGCAAUAUCUUAUUCGCUAUUCAUUUAAUCCUUCCAUUUGACGAACCAUCAGGAAGGCCAUGCCGUCUGCUUGCUCUUGCAAGCUGCUCGAGAGAUUUUAUG